AUGUCGCACGCCCGCAAGAACAGCCUGUGGACGCCUCCGGUGCUGCCGGUACCGCAGCUGCUGUCAGGCAAGUCCAUGAUGAUUACCGGUGGUGUCACGGGCAUCGGUCGAGCCAUUGUCCUCGGAUACCUGCAGCAUGGUGCCAAUGUUGCUGUGAACCACCUAGGCGACGACAAGUCGCGCUCGCAGUACCAGAGCCUGGUCGAGGAGGCCGCGGGAAACCUAGAUAUUAGCAAGGAAGAUGUGCAGAAGAGGCUGGCCGAAGUCCCCGGAGACGUAGGCAAUCCAGAGACAGGCAAGAAACUCGUAGCGACAGUCGUGGAGCGCUGGGGCCGCUUGGACGUUGUCAUCAGCAACGCGGGCGUCUGCGAGUUCAAGGAGUUUCUUGAUAUCUCCGAAGACCUCUGGGCCUCGACCCUAACCACCAACCUCACAGGCGCAUUCCACACCAUCCAGGCCGGCGCACGACAAAUGUCUACACAAUCGCCGCCAGGCGGCUCGAUAAUCGGCAUCUCGUCCAUCAGCGCGCUCGUCGGCGGCGCCCAACAGGGUCACUACACGCCUACAAAAGCUGGCGUCCUCUCGCUCAUCCAGUCGUCGGCGUGCGCGCUCGGCAAACACAACAUUAGGUGCAAUGCGCUGCUGCCGGGCACAAUCAAGACACAGCUCAAUGAAAAGGAUCUGGCGGAUGAGGAAAAGAGAAAGUACAUGGAGGGUAGGAUACCGCUUGGUCGCACCGGCGUCCCGAGUGAUCUCGCUGGUCCAGCCGUCUUCUUGGGCAGUGAUUUGAGUGCCUAUGUCAAUGGCGCUCAGCUUCUGGUUGACGGUGGGCUGUUUGUAAACUUGCAAUGAUUGUGCCAUGAGGAAUUGAAACAGUUGAAAUGAAU